CUCUCAAGAGCGAGGCAUAAAAUCAGAUCUAUCUUCUGAUCAUGAUUUUGAGGCCGAUAUUUUGUUUUGCUUGUCAAUCUGCACCCGCAUUCCUUAAAAAUAUGUCAUCUUCAGUGCGUGAGACGUUGGACAUGAUAGAGCAGAAGUUGUUGUCGAAGAAACUUGAAGCGCUUCACCUUUUACAGUUGCAUAGGCUUAAUCAGGCAGAACUGGCUCACCUUUUAAAGAGAAGAUGUGCCGAUAGAUUGUUGGGUGGUGAGACUGCAACUGGAUCUGUCGGAAAUUGUUCUGCUGCCGAGAACAUGGACUUGUAUUGGGCUGACCCUCGUAUUCAGGAAUAUAUGUACCCUAAGCAGGAAAACCACUGGAUUUUACAGUUACCUGAUGUUAUCCUUGAAGGCCCUGCCACUCUUGGUACCCUUGAGGCCCGUGGGAGCGGGUUCAUAUUCACAGCCCCCGAUUUCCAGUUGCACUUCAAGGAUACUAGUGUAAAAGAGUGUUUCUUCUCACAUGGAGAUGACAGGAGGCGCUAAAUAGUGUAAUUUCCCCAAUUGUUGGUAAGGCUCGUUGGGAUUCCUAUGCUGUGCUUUCUAUGUUUCAGGAUCUGAAUAAGUUCCAUUUUCAAGGAGUUCUUCCCUCGCAGAAAUCACCUAUCUUUGCCCUGACUGAUUCUGCCCUAGUUAUGCUUAUGUUGCCGCCUUUCUAUGUGGUCCCACUAAGCGAUGUUGAGUUUGUUAAUCUGGCCGAGGUUGAAUCUGGGGCGUUCGACAUGACAGUGGUGUUCCAGGACUAUUCACGUGACGUGCUUCAAAUCUGCACAAUCGACAUAACAAAGCUCGCUGGCAUAAAACGUAUUCUGAACGAUGCAUACGUGAAGUACUAUUGUAACACUAAGAAACUAGCCGUGAAGGAGUGGAAUUCCAUAUUAAGAGAAAUCGUAGCGAGCCCCAAGAAGUUCAUUGAAUGUGGUGGAUGGGAAUCCUUGCAUCUCGAGGAUGAGCUUACGUUGUCCUGCUAUGGUAUUGCAGAAGAUCCCGAUUUUAGUAAUGGAGUGUUUCAAUGAUAACAAAGUGAAUCAGAGGGGCAAUGGAUCAGAGUGCGAAGAAGUGAAGGCGCGAGUAAAGCUGGAAAAAGCCUACCAAUUUAUCUGUGUUGCAUCUGGUAGUUUCUUUAGUUCUCUUUAUUGCUUGCUUAUUUAUAUAGAAUUAUAGAUGCGUUUAAGACUUUAAAGAUUUCCUUCCCGAAUGUUUUAAUUUAAUUCUGUUCUAAAUUAUCAUAUGUAAUUAUAUUAUUACUAUUAUUAUUAGGGCUUGGAUAAUAUUUAACAUAAGAUGUUUCCAGUCUAUUGUCUGGCAAUUACCCAACA